AUGCAGAUUCACUGUGCAGUCAACCUAGCAACAUUCUUAGGCAUAGAGCAGCUCGUCUCUCAAGUCAUGGCUUCCCCUGGCUUUGACCCUUUUUUUCCAUCUUAUAAAAGGAGGGUGGUUGUGCGUAAUGCAGGAUAUGGUGCUGGUGGAGGCGUAGGAUCUAGGUCUGUUUAUUCAAGCCACUCUGCCCCAGUAACUUCUUAUGCCUCUUCACGCAGAAGUUAUCCAACACACAGCCGAGUUGCUUCAAAUUAUUCCAGUGCGUUGCUUUCUGCUCCACUGUCCGCAGCUGCCACUGAGCUACGCCUUGACCAGGCAGCCCAGGUCAGCUCUGAGUUCAAAGUAUUAAGGACCCAGGAGAAGGCUGAGCUGCAGGACCUGAACGACCGCUUUGCAAGCUUCAUUGACAGAGUUCAUGAAUUGGAGCAGCAGAAUAAGUUGUUGGAAACUGAACUUCUGUUACUCAGACAGAGGCAGACUGAGCCAUCCAACCUCCGGGCCCUGUAUGAGCAUGAGAUUCGCCAGCUUCACGGUGCAGUGGACGAGGCCCGUCAUGAGAAGCAAGCAGCCCAGGACCACAGAGAUGAGAUGGAGAAUGUGCUGAGGAACCUGCAAAAGCGUUAUGAAGAUGAAGUACUUGCUAGGGCGGAAGCAGAGGGUAGACUGAUGGAUGCCAGGAAAGGGGCGGAUGAGGCCGCACUGAGUCAGGCUGAGCUGGAGAAAAGAGUUGGAACCCUUCUAGAUGAGCUGGCCUUCUUGAAGCGUCUCUGUGAGAGUGAGAUUGCAGAACUUCAGGCCCAAAUCCAGUAUAGUGCAGAGGUGUCAGUGGAGAUGGAAGUAGUGAAACCUGACCUGUCUGCUUCCCUCCGUGAAAUCCGAGGCCAGUAUGAGAACCUAGCUCAACGCAACCUUCAGGCAGCUGAAGAAUGGUUCUGCAACAAGAUGAAUGUGAUGACAGUAAGUUCUGCUCGUGGCACAGAGAGUGCACGAAGUGCCAAGGAUGAGGCUGGAGAAUACCGUCGGCUGCUCAAUGCCAGGACGCUGGAGAUUGAUGCCUGUCGUGAGAUGAACCAAGCUCUGGAAAACCAACUGCAGGAAGUGGAGGAAAAACAGAGUGAUGAAAUCUCUGCACUCCAGGAUACAAUAAGUCAACUGGAAGAGGAGUUGAGGGCAAACAAGGCUGACAUGGCUCGCUACUUGAAAGAUUACCAGGACCUACUGAAUGUGAAGAUGGCUUUGGAUAUUGAAAUUGCAGCCUACAGGAAACUUCUUGAAGGGGAAGAGAACCGUUUUAGUGUUGCAGGGCCAGGCUCUGUAACGGUUUACUCCCAGUCCAUGUAUGCUGCUCCAUCUUAUGGAAGAACACAGGUUUCCAUGCUGCCUCAGCUCAGCUCUGCACCUCCAUUCCUGCUGAGCUCCCGCUUGUUUAGUUCAUCCCUCUCCACAGAAGAGAAAAUAUCUGCAACCCAUGUCGAGGAGGCAGAGGCCAGCCCUCCUCAAGAAGAGGAGGAGGAGGAGGAAGAGGAGGAGGGAGAGAAGGUGGAAGAGGAAGAAAAGGAGGAAGCUGAAGAAGAGGAAGGAGUAGAGGGAGAUGAGAAGGAGGAGGAAGAGGAGGCAGAGGAGGAGCAGGGAGAUGAGGAGGAGAAGGAUGAGGAAGAGGAAGAAGUAAAGGAGGAAGAAAAAGAAGAAGAGGGAGGGGAAGAAGCAGAUGCAGAAGAGGGAGAAGCUGAAGAUGAAGCAGGUGAGGCUGAGGAGGGAGGUGGAGAUGAUGAGAGCCAACCUCAAGAGGAGGAUGAGGGGGCGCAUAAAGAGGAAGAGGGAGAUGCAGGAGAUGAGAAAGAAGAGGAAGAAGCCGAACAAGAAAAGGAUGCAGAGGCUGAAGCCGAAGUCAAGGAGAAAAAGGGAGGAUCAUCAGAUAAAAAUGUUUAAUUCUACAUGCAAUAAAACACCUGCUAACACCGUAGCUGUAGGAUGACAGAAACCUCUCUGCCUCUCAGCAUGGACGUUUCUGUCAUUCCACUUAAACGAAAAUGUUUAAAUCAGAAGGCAAGACGCUGUUCAAUCAAACCUCUGUGUAUGAUCGACUUGAGUGACUCACAGCAUGUAUGCAAAUUGCACCAGCAGAGAAAGUAAACAACUAAAAGCAAAUCAAUUAAUCAAUUAACUGAGGAUAAUAGGAGGAGACAUGUCUGAAAUAGAAAUUGUGCUUUGUGGAGAUUUGUUUGCAAACACCUGUGUGCUUUAUUGUCACCAAAAUAUGCCUGUAAAAUCAUCUGUAUGUGCAAUACCAAAGUCCUCACUGAGUGCUAUUCACAAUGUUCUGCAUUGAACCUCAAUAAAGUCUUGA